AUGGGGUUGGAUAGACUUAAAGCUUAUAAAGGUAAGUGUUUGAUGAAUGAUUAUUAUGGGACGGAUUAUUUUGGAGAUAAGAAUGGUUCGUAUAAGAGAAGAUGUUAUGAUGAAAAAGAAGAAGUUGAACAUGAUGUGAAUGUUAUGGAAGAUGGUGAAUAUCAUGAACAAGAAACGCGAAAUUUGGAACUUCUGGAAUUGAACGAUCAAAAUUAUGAGGAGAAUAUGAUUGAAGAGCAUUUCGUGGAGGAAAUUGAAGACGACGGUGUCAAUGUUUUAGACUUCGACACAGAAGAUAGUGAGUCUGAAGAAGAAGAAACAAUCGAUGAACAUCAAGGUAUAUUUUAUUAAAAUUUUCAGACUGAAGAUUAACAUUUAUUUUUUAGAUCUCACUCCAGCUGGCAUGACUGUAGAGAACUUAUCAGAUAAACAAUUGGUGGCGCUGUUGGGUGCACUACAAUCGCGUGAAUCGUCAAGAGGAUUUGGAACUAGAGCACUAUUGAUAGAUGAUCUCGAUGAACAAGAUGAAGUUUUGAAAUUUUGGGAGAUCAAAAAGAAAGAAUACACGAAUGUUCGUGUAUGUAAUGGAUGUGGUGCAACAUUGAGAUCUUCACAAAAAUGGUAUGGUAAUUUCUUUUUUAAAUGUUUUCACUCCGGCUCUUCAGUGACAAAAAUGAAUGCCGCUCCAAGAAAUCGCCAGUUUUGACUUUGACUAUGCUCAACCUAUUCGAUCAAUUGAAAGCUGUUGUUUCUGCCAACUUUGAGUCUAUAAUGAGGCUGAGGCAUAAAUUGAAAUACGGCAUACCAGCUUGUCACAAUCUUGAGAGCGCAUAUUUCAGUCAGUUAUGGAAAAACGAGGAAGGAACUAUCGAUUUGUCGCUUCAGUUGAGUGUCGAUGGAUGUUGUCCUCAUGGCAACAGCAAGUGGGUUGAACUAGUCUGUACUUCCUCAUUGAAUUCGUAUUCAGAAAGAAAAUUUGGCCGAUUUGCUUCUCUAUUGUAGACAUCGAGACUGCUAUUCGACAAAAAGCUGUGAAUAUAGUGCUGUUUGGUGUUAUGAGUGGAAAAGAAAAUCCCUCUACACAUGCUUUUAAUACGAUAGUUAAGUAUAUUAACAAUCAACUGGAAUCGAUGUCGGAAGGAAUUGAUGUGAAUGGUGAAAAAUUCACUUUUAGCAUUGUUACCUGUUGCGCAGAUCAGCCUGUUAGUUUAAAAGGAUAUCAGAGAGAAUUCUGAACUUAUUCAAUCCCAGUUAUUCGAUGUUGUGUAGUUGAAUUCUUCACAGUUUUUUGAGAUUUUCAGGCUAAAAGGUCAUUAUUUGGCUUCCAUGGCCACAAUUCGGAAUUUUCAUGUUUUUAUUGUUUGGAUGACGGAGCUUUCUACAAAAGGAGAGGAUACGGUGCAUAACUAGGGUUUAAUUCAUAUUCUUGUGUUUGAUUUUCAGAAAGAUGUGUGAUGCGAAAAGAGGAGUUUUUAGAAGACUCGCGGAAAGGUCGUUUCGGUAAUACCGGAACAAUCUUUGCUGAGAUUUUGGAACUUCUUGCGCCUUGGGAUUGUGUGAUUGACGUGCUUCACAAUCUAUCCGAGGGUAUUAUCACCAUCAUUAUAAUAGGUAGUCAGAGCUUCACGAUGUUUCACAUAUUUUUCCCCCAAUUUAGAAAUGUUUCCAUCCAAGCAGAAGACAAAGACCACUCCAAAGUCCAAGCUGUUUGUACUCAAUGAGGAAGAAUUUACACGAGUUAUGAAAGAAGUCAGAGCCAACUCAAUUUUCAAACUUAUUGUAGAUCCGAGAAAUGGAAGCGAAAAACUGGAUGCAAGUUUCGAUAAUAUGAAAUCCAACGAUAUCUUUUUUUCAGUUCUUUCGAGUACAUAUUUUUUUGGCUAUUAUCAAAUAUGAUUGUGAUCCUAGUACCAAAUUAGUGAUUGUUGGCAUUGCUUUAUUAGUUACAAAAAUAGCCACUGAUUGUGAAACCGGAACCUUUUUUUAUUAUGAUAUUUGCAAUGCUCAUACCUCGGCCAACAUCGUGGUUUCAAAAUAA